UCGAUGGGUUGUUCCUGUAGCACAGGUGCCCUCCGUCGGGAUAGCGUAGACGAGGCUUCUCAUGGAAGGAAUGAACAUCCUCUUUCACAGAAAGGAGGACGGACCUCGAAAUCGGCACAAGUUGAAGCCAUGGUUGAAGCUAAAUGUCGGCAGGCCUCACAGACUAAGGUUCUUGCACUGCGUGAGUGUGCUUUACGGUCGUUGCCUGAGGAUGCAACUGAUCUGGAGGGUCUACGGACGCUGGACUUGGCGUUCAAUCGUCUCACGACCGUACCUAAGGAGGUUGCAUGGCACGCCAGUUUGCUGAAGUUAAAUCUCAGCUCGAACCAAUUGCGAGAAGUCCCAGUUUCACUGGUUUUCCUUAUAAAGUUACAGUCACUGCAAUUGCAGGAUAAUAAAAUUGAGAAGGUUGGCGGAUAUGCAUUUCCGGGCUCACUUGUGGAACUUAAUUUAUCCAACAAUAAACUCACUCACAUCGGAGAGGAGGUUUUCGAAACGCUGAAUGCGCUCACUGAUGUCGACGUAUCGGGGAACCAACUACAGACCAUUCCGACUAAGAUCCUGUUCCGGGUAGCAAGCAAGACGUUAGUUACUUUCAAAGCAGAACAUAACAAACUCGUAGAGCUACAAUGGCCUGACAAGAGUGAUGACGGUGAUGGUGGCGAUGAUGACGUGCAAUUGGAUCGACUCAUGCAAAUGGAUUUGUCGUAUAAUCGUCUUUCAACUGUCCCAUCCGAGUUGUUCACGAACACAGCAUUAGUGGAUCUAUGGUUACAGGGCAACAACCCCGACCGACUGAAUAAAUAUACUAUUAAAGACAUUCCCGGCUUUAACGAUUAUGUAGAACGACGUAAGCGGAAAAUUGACAAGCGAAUUGAUAGCAAUGCAGGAAGCAAGUUGAACCUUGCGAUGUGUGGUUUAGAAUGAUGAAGAAUUAUUAUAGUGCAGCAUUAAUGCAGCAACAAUAACAACAACAAUAGCAUCCUUUUGGUGUCGUCUUCAUCUCAACAUGUUGGCUAUUCAAUACUAUGUCCUUCUCUGAAAAGCCCUCAUCGAAGUUGAAGCGUGUAAAUACUAUUAUUGCUGCUUUUACGAGCCAGCAUAACAUCAGCAUUCAUUC